AUGAGUAUAAACGACGAAAAUAUUGCGCGGUGGUUAGAAAUAGAAGUGUCAGAUGAGAAGCAGAUACUGAAUGAAGAUACCAGUGACGUGGAGCUCGAUGUUGCGGAAGAUUAUGUGCUCCAAGAGAACUGUGAAUAUGACUCUGAAGGUAGCAAGAGCGGAUCGUCUUCAGAAGAAGAGCCAUUUCCGCUUGGAAAUGAAGAUGAUGUUUCUUCGUUUUUUAUUUACUCACGAAGUAGAUCGCUAGUUACGCGUGACAGCUUUUCAUAA